AUAGAACUGCUUUUCUUUGACCGGGUUUGCCCAUGCAGCAAGAGGUGGAUUGUCGCACUGUACGGCCCACUAGCACAACAAACCUUUUGACCACCUAUUUCACUGUUAUUAAGUAGGCCUAGCUAUGGAGAAUGAACGUUUUACGAUAAAAAGGCGAAAGACGCGCUGCUGCCUAAUAAUGGGUCUCUGUGCAUUAAUUUUACUCGUUAUCCUCGCUAUUUCCCUGUGGGUAGCGUUCAGUCAUAAACAGUACAACUCAGGUGACAGCCUGAAGGAAACAAUUAUUAGUAGAUGUCAAACAUUUAUACAGAACAACCGAACUUCAAGUGCUUAUGAUUGUCAAAAAAUAUGGACUGUGUUUGAGCAAGCAUUCGUGGGGAAGGACCCGUGUAAUGUGCCAACAGACGCUUAUGACUCACUCAUUAAUACCAUAAUCCAGGAUCCUAUCUGUAACAAGAUGUUGUUCUGGAGCAAAACCAAGCACAUAGUCCAUGAAUUCACAGAGAAGAGAAAUUGCUUCCAGACUCUUGAGGACACACUGCUCGGUUAUAUCAUGGAUGGACUGACUUGGUGUGGCAAAGAAGGGAGCAAUGAAACCUUUACCACAGGGUGCCCAUCCUGGAAUGACUGUGUCAACCACACAGUUAAAUCAUUCUGGAAUAGGGCCUCUGCAGCGUUUGCAGAAGCUGCAUGUGGUGAUGUCUCAGCUAUGCUGAAUGGAUCUAUUGCCACUCCUUUCACACCCACUAGUAUUUUUGCCAGCAUUGAGGUGAAGAGAUUCAAUGCUGACAAAAUGAGGAGUCUAACUGUUUUUCUGGUGACUCAGGAGAAUGAUGGGAAGUCUUGUGAUGAUCCCUCGUUAAAGAACCUACAAAAAGAGCUUGAUCCAAAACUGAAGUAUAGCUGCGUGUCGGUCGCAAAGUCUACUAUCCAGGAGUGCAUUUCCCACCCAGACACAGCUUGUGGUGCCUGCUGGUGAUACUCCAGUCAAGGUGUGAUUGCCAAGAGUUUAAGUGGAUAUGAUUUGAGAUUCAAUAAAAUGGAAUGGAUAAGUCCACAUUGGCAUGAGUAGAUAGGUUGAUUGCUUGGGACAAGCAAGCUGCAUAGUUGCCUUGUUUAAAUUAGUUGUGUAUUAUGUUAUUUUCAUUAACUGAAACUGAAUUCCCAUUGCGCAACUGACCAAGUCAAAUACAAACACUACUACAAUCAAUGUUAAAAAAAGGUAAAGUAGUAGUUGUUUUCAGCCUGGUUGUUCAAAGUAACAAAUGCAUUGAUGUGUAAUGCAUGUAUUAGAGAAGAGCAGUUAUGGUAAAGAUUCCUGGGUGUGUGUGUGUGCAUAACAUGUGCCUGAGACCAUUGCAUCCACACAAUAUACUUCAUAUUCUGUGUUCCUGUAAGAGAAACACUAACAAUUGUAACUUGUGAAACAAGGUAAAGCACCCCAGCACAUGGUCCAUUUGUACAUUCACAGAUUUCAAUGACGUGACAGAAAGAGGUGGUGACAAACACUAUGGUCUAGUAAUGGUUAAUAAUUUCUCAAGUUGGGUAGAGGCUUUCCUAACACAUAAUUGAAAGACUUUUGUCAAAUGUUUGAGAGAAGUUAUACCAAGGUAUGAUGUACCAGAAAAGUAUUUCAUCCGAUCAUGGGACACAUUGAAUGUGUAUUGUUUAUGUGUGUGUUUGUUUAAAUGUUACGUGUUGGAUAAUAUCGAAAUGCCCAACACUGCCUGCUUAACAAAACUAACAACUAACCGCAUGCUUGCUUAUUUGCGCUACGUGUUCUGUAUGUCGGAAUGUUCCAUUGUUUAAAGUUCUUAAUAAAAGGCUUGGAGUCACCCCUUUA